UUAGGAACAACAACAACAACAUCAAUUAGCAAUAACAAUCCGAAGUAGAAGAAGAAGAAGCAGCUAGAAUCAUGGCAGUCUUUGGCAUGGUCUCGGCUGUGUCCAGCUUCAUCAAGAUACGCUAUCUGCUGGACAAGGCGGUCAUCGAUAAUAUGGUCUUUCGCUGUCAUUAUAGGAUUACCACAGCCAUACUUUUCACCUGUUGCAUUAUUGUUACGGCCAACAAUUUGAUUGGUGAUCCGAUUAGCUGCAUCAACGAUGGCUCGAUACCCAUGCAUGUGAUCAACACAUUCUGCUGGAUAACAUAUACCUUCACGAUACCCGGUCAGCAGCAUAGGCAAAUUGGCACCGAUGUCGCCGGCCACGGUCUGGGCAAUGAGUAUGGCCAGGAGAAGCGCUAUCAUAGCUACUAUCAGUGGGUGCCCUUUGUGCUGUUCUUUCAGGGUCUUAUGUUUUAUGUGCCCCAUUGGAUUUGGAAGAAUAUGGAGGAUGGUAAAAUACGCAUGAUAACUGAUGGCUUGCGCGGCAUGAUCUCAGUGCCGGAGGACUAUCGAAAGGAUCGACAGGAUCGCAUCAUUAAAUACUUUAUGGAAAGUCUCAACACGCACAAUGGCUACUCGUUUGCGUAUUUCUUCUGCGAGGUGCUGAACUUUGUCAAUGUGAUCGUCAAUAUCUUUAUGGUGGAUAAGUUUCUGGGCGGUGCUUUUAUGUCCUAUGGUACGGAUGUCGUCAAGUUCUCCAAUAUGGAUCAGAAUAUGCGUUUCGAUCCCAUGAUUGAGAUCUUUCCAAGGCUGACCAAGUGUACAUUCCGUAAGUUUGGUCCAAGUGGUUCCCUACAGAAACACGAUACACUCUGUGUGCUAGCUCUGAAUAUACUCAAUGAGAAGAUCUAUAUAUUCCUGUGGUUCUGGUUCAUUAUAUUGGCCACAAUUUCGGGCGUGGCUGUGCUCUAUUCCCUGGUGGUUAUCAUGAUGCCCACCACACGCGAGACGAUCAUCAAGCGCUCCUAUCGCUCAGGUCAGCGCAAGGAAAUUGCCGGACUAGUGCGGAGUUUGGAGAUUGGCGACUUCUUGAUCCUGCACUUCCUUAGCCAGAAUCUGAGCACACGAUCAUAUGGCGAUAUGCUGCAACAGUUAUGCAGCCUGAUGGCCGCCUCACGCACACCCUCUGCCCCCUCGACGCUGGAAAUGAAUCCCAUUAGCCAUUCAAUUUAUCCGCCCGCCGAGCUGUUCGGCGGCAAGGAGACCGAGACAUAGGCGCUAUAGCAACUAUUUGGCGCUAAUAUAAAAUUUCAAUGAUUUCUCAAUAAUAUUUUGUAGCCAGAGAUGUGACCAAUUCGAAGGUGUUUUUUUCGUAGUAGGUGUUCUAGGCGUUUAGGCUUUCUAAUAUAAUAUAUAUAACAUAUGUAUGUA